UUUUUUUUUUUUUUUUGAAGGCCCCACUACCCAGCGUGCUAAUCAAACAUUCGGAACGCUAGAAAGAUUUUCCUAAUUAAUUGUCUUCUGAGAGUAUUUUUUUAUUCUUUUAAACACCACCUGAUUGAGGGUUGGUACACUUCAUUUCCACAAUGUCCUUCCCUCCUCAUUUAAACCGACCGCUGUUGCCGCCUCCAGGCAUCCCUCCUCAGUAUACAGGCUUCCCCCCAGGAGCCCCUAUGAUCCCAGUUCACAUGGGUAUCAUGACCCCUACACCUGCAGUAAUGGUUCCAUCAGUGCCAGUGGUCAGCAAGCCUGCAGUCAAGAGGGAAACCACUGCCAUGAAUGCCAAAGACAGUGAUGAGAACAGUGGGCCCACCACAACGGUAUUUGUGGGGAACAUAUCAGAGAAAGCUUCAGACAUGCUGAUCAGACAGCUGCUGGCGAAAUGUGGAAUUGUUCUGAGCUGGAAGAGAGUCCAAGGAGCCUCUGGCAAGCUUCAAGCCUUUGGUUUCUGUGAGUAUAAGGAGCCGGAGUCCACAUUGCGAGCUUUGCGACUACUUCAUGACCUGCAGAUUGGAGAUAAAAACUUGCUUGUGAAAGUGGAUGCCAAGACAAAAGCGCAGCUUGAUGAGUGGAAGGCCAAGAAGAAGACUACAAAUGGGGAGAAAAAGAGUGAAGAUACAGGAGAGGAUGAAGAAGAGGUCUUAGAUGAGGAGACAAAGAAGAAAGAUCAGAUUAUCAAAGGCGCCAUUGAUGGACUGAUGCGGGAGUAUGCUGCCGAGCUUAAUGCACCUUCGCAGGAUGAUGAGUCCCAGCGACGGAAGAGAAAAAAGGAGAAAAAAGAAGAGGAUGACAUAAACACUAUUGACAUGGAGGAGGACAAGAGGGACCUGAUUUCCAGAGAGAUUAGUAAAUUUCGUGACACUCACAAGAAACUUGAGGAAGAGAAGGAUAAGCGGGAGAAGGAGCGACUGGAAUUUGAGCGUGAAAGGAGGGAGCGUGAAAAAGAACGAGAGCGGGAAAGAGAGCGGCGGGACCGCGAGAGGGAAAAGGAGCGAGAGCGAGAGCGGGAACGGGAGAGGGAACGAGAACGAGAGCGGGAAAGGGAGAGAGACAAAGACCGUGACCGCAGGACCAGGGAAAGGGAGAGAGACAGAAGUCGUGAAAGGAGCGCCAACCGCAGCCGAUCCAGGGAGGUCAGCCGAGACAGAGAAAAGAAGAGAGACCAAGAGGAUGAAGAAGAGGCAUAUGAACGCAGGAAACUGGAGAGGAAACUUCGAGACAAGGAAGCAGCCUAUCAGGAGCGGCUGAAAAACUGGGAGCUCAGGGAGAGGAAGAAGGCACGGGAUUAUGCCAAGGAGGCAGAGAGAGAAGAUGAGCGCCGACGAGAAAUGACGAAAGAAGGCAAACGGUUAAAAGAGUUUCUUGAGGACUAUGAUGAUGACAGAGAUGACCCCAAGUAUUACAGGGGCAGUGCACUGCAGAAGCGUCUCAGAGACCGAGAGAAGGAGAUGGAGGCGGACGAGCGUGACAGGAAGAGAGAGAAGGAGGAGCUGGAAGAGAUCAGACAGAGGCUGUUAGACGAGGGACAUCCAGACCCAGACGCAGAGCUACGCAGGAUGGAAGAAGAAGAGGAGGAGCGUUUGAGACAGCCUCCCAUCAUCCAAGAGCCAGAACCUGAGGAGGAACGUGAACGCCACAGGGGUUCACGAGACCAUCGGGACCGCCGACAGGAACAGGAGAGGGCAGAUUCCCGCUCACGACCCCCCCACUCAGACAACGAGGUGGAGGAGGGUGAGGAGGAAGAAUAUGACAAUGAUGAAGAUAACCCGGACGUAAAACCACGCCUGAAGCCCACAAUGCGGCCAAUCACAGCAGCACCGUCUGUGUCAUCAGCCAGUGGAAAUGUGUCUCCCAACACGCCCGGGGAAGAGUCACCCUGUGGCAUCAUCAUUCCCCAUGAGAACUCCCCACCUGAGGCACUACCACAGGAGGAACACCGGCCAAAAAUCGGCCUCAGCCUGAAACUGGGUGCCACGGGAAGCCCCAGUCAACCCAACGCAGGCAAGAGGAAGAAGCUGCCAGUGGACAGCGUCUUCGACAAGUUUGACGACGAGGAGGCCGACGAACAGCCGCGCAAGAGGAAGCUGGUACCCCUGGAUUAUGACGACGACAAGAGCCUCGGGGUGGAUGGUGCCGGACUCUCCAGCAUAAAGGGAGCCAACGCUGAGGAGAAACGCAAACACAUUAAGAGCCUGAUCGAAAAGAUUCCCACAGGAAAGCCCGAGCUGUUCUCCUACCCACUGGACUGGUCCAUGGUCGACACGACAUUAAUGGAACGGCGUGUUCGUCCCUGGAUCAAUAAAAAGAUCAUUGAGUACAUUGGAGAGGAAGAGCCAACGUUAGUGGACUUUGUGUGCUCUAAGGUGAUGGCUCACAGUACACCGCAGGGUAUCUUGGAUGAUGUUGCCAUGGUUCUUGAUGAGGAAGCAGAGGUCUUCAUAGUGAAGAUGUGGCGGUUGCUCAUUUAUGAAACUGAAGCUAAGAAGAUUGGCUUGGUGAAAUAAACCUCUGAAUGAAGAUGA